AUGCCGGCGCCACCGUGCGCCUCCUGCCACGCGGCGCGAGCCGCCCUCCGCCGCCCGCGUUCUGGACAGGCGCUGUGCGGCGCCUGCUUCUGUGCCGCCUUCGAGGCCGAGGUGCUGCAUACAGUGCUGGCGGGCCGCCUGCUGCCCCCCGGGGCCGUGGUGGCUGUGGGCGCCUCGGGCGGCAAGGACUCCACGGUGCUGGCGCACGUGCUCCGGGAGCUGGCGCCGCGCCUGGGGGUCUCGCUGCGCCUCGUGGCCGUGGACGAGGGCAUCGGCGGCUACCGUGAUGCUGCGCUGGCUGCCGUGCGGCGCCAGGCGGCGCGCUGGGAGCUCCCGCUCACCGUCGUGGCCUACGCAGACCUCUUCGGGGGCUGGACGAUGGACGCCGUGGCACGCAGCACGGCUGGCUCGGGCCGAAGCCGCGCCUGCUGCACCUUCUGCGGAGUUCUGCGGCGCCGAGCGCUGGAGGAAGGUGCGCGCCUUGUGGGAGCCACGCACAUCGUGACGGGCCACAACGCCGACGACAUGGCGGAGACCGUGCUCAUGAACUUUCUGCGGGGCGACACUGGGCGGCUGGCGCGCGGCGGAGGCCUGGGCUCGCCGGGAGAAGGAGGCGCGCUGCCCCGCUGCCGCCCACUGCAGCUGGCCUCGCAGAAAGAGGUGGUGCUGUACGCGCACUUCCGCCGACUGGACUACUUCUCCGAGGAGUGCGUGUACGCGCCCGAGGCCUUCCGCGGCCACGCCCGCGACCUGCUCAAGCGCCUGGAGGUGGUGCGGCCGUCGGUGGUGCUGGACCUCGUGCACUCGGCUGAGCGCCUGGCGCUGGCCCCGGCCGCGCAGCCCGCGCGUCCCCGCGCCUGCACCUGCUGCCGGGCGCUGGCCAGCCGCCCGCUCUGCCAGGCCUGCACGCUGCUCGACGGGCUGGACCGCGGCCGGCCACGCCUGGCCAUCGGCAAAGGCCGCAGGGGCCUGGACGAGGAGGCACCGCGGGCCGGGGCCCAGCCGCCUCCCUCUGCGGCCCUUCCCGCUUUCUAGCGCCUGGCGUGUUCGGGCAGGGUUCCUCACGCCUAGGAGGGCGAGGGAGGCCUGUGAACACUGCAGACAAACUCGAUUUUCCUUUGCCUGGCUUCCGUGUUGAUACGGAGAUGGAGACCAGUUGCCUGUAUCUUUAUAGAUGCUGGGGCCCCAGACUACUGGGUCUGAAAGAGGAGGGGGCUGGGGCCCAGACGCCUGAGUGUCAGGGAAAACCCAAACGAAACCCAGUGCCAGCGAGUUGAUUCCAACUCACAGCGACGCUAUAGGACAGAGUAGAACUGCCGCAUAGGGUUUCCAAGGAGCAGCUGGUGGAUUAGAAUUGCCGACCUUUUGGUUAGCAGCCAAGCUCUUAACCACUGCGCCACCAGGCUUUGGGUCUGGAGGAGUAGGGAGUUAAACAACCUUGGAUUCCUGAGUGGGGAUUAGGGAGCUGCUUGCCUGGUGCCUCUGCUGGGUUCCAGGCGCUCAUGGUGGUGCUCACCCUUCUCGAGCACUUCAUGUCCUAUUUGCUUGUAGUGGGAUGAGCAAAAUCGCCUGAGUUAGUGGCCACACCCCCUUUACAGUAACCACCCUGAGACUGUUCCUCAAGAGCUUCUCAGGCAGCAGGUGCUGCGUUGAGCUCUUUCCAGGCACCAUCUCUUCAUCCUGCCACGACCGUAUUGGCUGUAGCUGCAGUGAGUGAAACGAGGCUCAGACAGGUGCAGUAA